AUGGUCGCCGCAGCAGCAGUCCUCCUACCACUGUACAUCUGGCCGAAAGGCCCAUCCGGAGAAAACACCUGGCAGCCCGUUCUCGACAGCGCUACAGCCUAUCCAUCGCUCCAAUUCACAGUCAUCGUCAACCCAAACAGCGGACCCGGUGACGACUGGCCCAAUGCCGAUUACGCCGCUGCCAUCGCCCAGCUGAACGCCCUGUCAAACGUCCACACCGUCGGCUACGUCGACACCGCGCAAGUGAACGUCCCCGGCGGCCCUUACACCAUCGAGCAAAUCGGCAACGAUAUCACGACAUACGCAAGCGAUGCUAGCGUCGGUCUUUCAGGCCUAUUCUUCGAUGACGUGAGCAAUGUCUACAGCGACAGUGUAGAGCUGCUCUUGGAGGAAGCUGUAAACCAGACGAAAGCUGCGGAGGGCUUCGCGGAACCUAGGACCGCCAUCAUCAACCCUGGCACCCGCCCCAACUUCGUCACUCCAAACGUCGACAUCUCCCUCUCGUUCGAGAGCACGUGGGAGCAGUACCAGAGCGCUGAGUCGCAGGAGUGGAUAGCUGGAAACCCGUAUGACCGCGAUCAUACUGCUUACAUCGUUUUUGGCGCUCCCACGGAUGAUGUGGCGAGUAUCACGACGCAGUUGAGGGCGAAUGCUUCCUAUGUGUACGUCACUGACACUGCGGCCGAUCCCUACAAGUCCUUUGGUGAGACUUGGGAUGCGUUUAUUGCUGCGAUGGCGGCUUAG